AUGCCAACUGUUAUAUGCCAAGACAAAGAGCCAUACACUUUGCACGUUUUACAACCAGGUCCUGCGAGUAUUGUAAAGGAAUUUCAUAUGGGAGAGAGAAUAAGAUUUUGUACAUAUCUUAAGAAAAACGAAAAGUCUCACACAGCAAGAUUUACUCUUUAUUAUUGUCAUCAUCCAGAUAUGGAGCUCCUAGAGGCAAUUGAUAGAACAUUAUUUGGUGGCGAUAUCCUUAUUCCGUUUUUGAAACAAGAUAAAGUGGAAUAUAAAGAUUUAGGGAAUUGGAAGAUAGCAAGAAUGUUUUCCCUGAAGGAGCCAACCCGUAAUAAGAAGUCUUGCAAUUUAUCGUUUACUGCAAGAGGGUCUAUUUUCCUUAUGACAGCGAAACAACUUAUUAUUUUGAGUAACUUCGAUCAAGAUUUGUUCGUCACACAUUUAUUGCCACAAAGAAAAAAACUUAAAGACCCAUCCAGCGUAAUGGAAAUUCUUUCGAGAUUUGUUUUGGCUCAGUUGAAAGAUGUGUCGGACAUAGAUGCGUCGGAUAUAGACUUCUCGAAAAUAGAUGUAAAGAAGUUGCUGAAGUGA